UAAGGAGACAUCAUUCUGUGCAUGAAAAAUAAGUUUCAUGUUACAGGAGUUUAUGUCACUUGUCAGUUUGUGCACACAAUAACAAUAAACCAAGUUUACUUUAAAAUAAAGGAAAUCGUCUUUCACACAAAUUUACUAAAAAACCCUAUCAAAAUCGCUUGGUGGCGCUGUGCUGGUGAUUAAAAUUUGGUUCCAAUCGGCGGUCGUCGAAUAUGAGUGAUGUAACAUUGUUUAAAUACAUUCAGUUUGCAUAAAAAGGCCAGUGAUGAAAGCAAAGUCGUAGGGGAAUACCUCUCAAAAUGGCAAUCUGAGUGACAAUUGAAUACUUGCCAUUUGGUUUCUAAGUUCCACAUCUUGUAAAACGUAUAGUACAAAUGGAGAACUUAAUGGUGCAGUUACUCCCAGUUGCUAGUGAAGAUGGAGACUUAUCCAAGCCACCCUCAAGCGCUGAAGAGUACUUACGAAGAGUAAGACUGGAAGCCCAAGCUUGUCCAGACAUCGCUGUGGCAAAUACCAAACCUGACAUUUUCAAAAAUAAACAGACGAGAGUUAUAUCUAGUUCAUCAGGUUGUAUCCCUGCUCCAAAGGGGUUUUCACCAAGUGUGCACUGGCAGCUGAAGGAAGCAUCUAAUUUUGCGAUACUCCGACAGAAAAUCAAUCAACAAAGGGAGAAAUUAAUCAACAAUGUCAAAGAAAAUCAACCAACAUUACCUAAUCCAGAUAAUGAAGGUGGCUGGUGUAAACUGUGUCUUGGAGAAGAAGCCCACCAACUUCUGAAUGUAAAGCGUGGCAUUCCUAAUGCAUCAAUGGAUGCUAGCAUAGGUUCAACAAGUGGGGUCAGAUACGGCAUCCCACCACUCUUAAGCAUGGUAGCAGCAAUGAAACAGAGUACUGUUACGCAAGUCCUUGAUUUCCAAAUUGGUUGGCUUCAGACACUAGGCUUAAGUCCCAAUCAAGGCCAGUGGCUGUAUGCCCUGUUGGCAUGCCUGCAGAAGCCACUAGAACCAAAUGCGCAUUCAAUGCUUCGUACGCUAGCACGGCAGUGUGCGGCUCUCAGGGCCUCCUUGGAUUCAAUUGAUGAUGACAGACUUCCGGCAUUAAAUCUUUUAAUAACCUUGGUUGCAAGGUAUUUUGACCAAUCAGAUCUGGCCGAUAAUGGAUGAAAGAAAUAUGAAGACGUCAAUUUAUGAAUUGUGUCAGAAAGUGAAUAGCACCACCUACCAUUCAAGAGUAUUAUUUACUAUGAGAGUAAUGAUGUUUGUAAGCAGAAUUUGACUUUAUAGCUUUGUACACUAAUUAUAUCAUUGAUUGAAAUGCUUAAUGGAGGUGUACUUGACAAAUAGUCGAUCACUGUCCAUGGACAAUAGUACUUGUCUUACAGGGUAUGUUGUAGAUAGGACAGUGACGAGUAUACCCGCAGAUACGCUAUUCUUUUGUAUUGUGUAUUAUAAUGUUCCGCACGCUGCUACAACUGCACUAACACGUCAAUGGCAGCCCCGUAAGAUUUGUAAUAAUCUAAAAAUAUAUUUUAAUUGGUUAUGUUGGCACCUCUUUAGAGUUUGUCAUGGGGAAGGGGAAUAACUUUGUCCUACAUGGUAAGGCAGUGAACAUGUUUAUUUAUAUUUAAUAAUUGGUUUAGGCUGAAAGCCAAGGAUAUGCCCAACAGCGAACAUAAUCACUUUUCUAAGUGGCAUAUCCCUUCACAAGACACACAUAAACACACAAUGCUCUACAUAAGGUAAAUCUCAUUAUGAGGCUUAGGGUUUGGUGUUGUUUUGGUCAUGAGAAAAAAAAAAUCCUGUUACCGUGAUAGGAAUUGAACCUUGUCACGGCAACAAGGUUUUUUUUCACGAUCAAAACAACUCCACUCCCUGAGCUUCAUAAUGAGGCUCUACAAUUUUUUUUUUUAAUGUAGCUUGUGUAAAGUUGUAUACAUCCAUUGUGGAGUCCCAAUAACUUUCAUGAUUUCAAAGCAAUUAGAUAUAUUGGUUUGUAGUAAAAAAAAAAAACCAAAAUAUUUAAUUGCUCUAUUCCAAUGGGACACAGAAAACAAAGGUUUUGCAGAUAAAUAUUUUAAUUUAGACGCCUGCGUUUCAUUGGUGAGAAUAUGUUUUCUCGUUCUAAUUUUGAUUACAAUUUCAAAAAAAUUACCAAAAUAAACUAAUGUGGGCAAAUAAAAUAUUAAAUAUAAUUGUUCAUAUAGAUUAUUAGGUUAACAGAAUCAUAUUUUUAUAUGAAAGGCCUGUAUAUAUAUCACUUGACCAUGGAAAAACUUUAUACAUCCAAAAAUGGAAAUUAAAGCACUUGUAAAAACUCAUCUUAA